AGCUAGCAGUAAGCACAACAACAAAAAGAUUUGAAAAAAAAAAAACAAAAGAAAUGUAUUCCCUCACAAAAACCACACAGUUUCAAAACGCCGUCGUUCUAUAUUCACUAUGCUUUAUCCCUUUCUCGUAUUCCUCCUCCGAUCCAAGAACCGCCGUGGCCGGUCUCUACUGCGGCAAACGCAACAACUCCUCCGCCGAUCCAAACUACAUUCCAACUUUCGUCGACGACAUGCAAUCACUCUCCCUGAAACUAACUACACGCCGUUUCGCAACUCAAUCCAUAAACUCCACGCCGUCGGUUUUCGCGAUGGUUCAGUGCCACAACGAUCUCUCACCGUCCGAUUGUCAGCUCUGCUACGCCAUCGCACGCACGCGCCUCCCUCGCUGCCUCCCUUCCUCCUCCGCGAGGAUCUUCCUCGACGGCUGUUUCCUCCGCUACGAGACUUACGAGUUCUACGGCGAGUCUAUCUCCGCCGCGUCGGAUAGAUACUCGUGCAGCAACGACACCGUUUUGGAUCCUCAGUUCGGAUUCCGCGUCUCGGAAACCGCCGCGAGAGCCGCCGUUAGACGCGGUGGUUUCGGAGUCGCCGGGGAGAGUGGGGUCCACGCGCUUGCGCAGUGUUGGGAGAGUUUGGGAAGAGAAGAGUGUAGGGUCUGUCUGGAGAAAGCUGUCGGAGAAGUGAAACGGUGCGUUUCGAGGAGAGAAGGCAGAGCUAUGAACAGUGGUUGUUUUCUUAGAUACUCUGAUCACAAAUUCUAUAAUAAUGAUCGACAUGGGAUUCAUAACAAAGGGGUCAUUGUGGCUAUUGUAUUGACCAUGUCAGCAUUCGUCAUGCUCGUUCUAUUGGCAACUUAUGUCAUUAUUGUCAAAGUUUCAAAGACCAAACAAGAAAAAAGAAACUUGGGUCUAGUUUCAAAAAAGUUCAAGAACUCAAAGACGAAGUUCAAGUACGAGACUUUAGAGAAGGCAACAGAUUACUUUAGCCCCAAGAAAACACUAGGGCAAGGAGGAAACGGCACCGUUUUCUUGGGAGUUCUCCCAAAUGGCAAGAACGUGGCCGUGAAGAGAUUAGUCUUCAACACAAGAGAAUGGGUAGAAGAAUUUUUCAACGAAGUGAAUCUCAUCAGUGGAAUCCAACAUAAGAACCUCGUCAAGCUUCUUGGUUGUAGCAUUGAAGGACCGGAGAGUCUCUUGGUCUACGAGUACGUCGCUAACAAAAGCCUCGACAACUUUCUGUUUGAUGAAAGCAAAAGUAAGGUUUUAAACUGGUGCGUUAGGCUAAACAUAAUCCUUGGAGCAGCGGAAGGAUUGGCUUACCUACACGGAGGUGACGGCUCUCCGGUUAGGAUUAUUCAUCGAGACAUUAAAACUAGUAAUGUUCUUCUAGACGAUCAGCUCAAUCCCAAGAUCGCGGAUUUCGGUUUGGCUCGAUGUCUCGGUCUGGACAAAACUCAUCUUAGCACUGGCAUCGCUGGAACCCUAGGUUACAUGGCUCCAGAGUAUGUUGUUAGAGGACAAUUAACGGAGAAAGCUGAUGUUUAUAGCUACGGAGUUCUUGUUCUCGAGAUUGCUUGUGGAACAAGAAACAAUGUUUUUGUGCCAGGGGCUGGUCAUCUCCUACAAAGAGUCUGGAACUUGUAUAGACUGAAUAGAUUGGUAGAAGCCCUAGACCCAUGUCUUAAGGAAGAGUUACUUCAAGCACAAUGCAGCGAAGCAGAAGCUUGUAAAGUUCUUUGCGUUGGACUGUUAUGCGCACAAGCUUCUCCAUCGCUGAGACCGUCGAUGGAAGAAGUUAUCCUUAUGUUAACCGAGAGAGAUUACCCUAUUCCAUCUCCAACCAAUCCUCCUUUCCUGAGGAUUAGCUCUCUAACUACAGACCAAGAAUGCAGUAGUUCUAUAUCUUGUAGCACCAAUAGCACUACGAUGGUCAAAACCGAUCAAGCUUCUUAUACCUCUUCAGAAACUUCUACAACUCAUCGUAGGAAUUAAGGAUUUUUGUUUUCCCUGAAUGUUUCACCAUUUCUUGAGGAGGUCCGAUAUGUAUACCAAAAUUCAUGCGACGAAUGCAUUACCGAGGUAAUCUAACAUAUGAAUAUAUCAAUAGAUCUGUAUAUAACACUCUUAAAUUCAAGUGGUUUAACAAUAUAUCUUUCAUCAAGAAAACAACUAACAUUUCAUAAGAUUCCCAUUGUUUUAUAAC